AUUUGGCCACUCACCCCAAAACGCCAGUUGUGUUCACCGCUUGCAAUACACGUCAACUUGAAAAAUAAAUAAAACAAAGCGAAAUAAAAAGAUUUAAGCCAUCGAGAGUGACACAAAAUGGGUGACAAAGUGGAGGAGAAGGGGCAGAAGCUCCAGGAUAAGUCUACCAGAGAUGCGUACUUCGCCAGCCUAGCGGAGUGGGCAAAACAGGCGACAAUUGCUCAGAAUGCAAUGCUGAUGUUUCCGUACUACUUGAUGGCCAAUUACCCGCAGCUUUUCCAGGGUCAGGUGCCUUCAGCUGGAGUCCAAGCCCCCACUCUGGGUCAGCCCAGUCUCUCUGUUUCUUCUCCACAACCAGGUCAAGUGCAGGGAGGCGCUGCUCAGCCUGCCUCGCCUGCUGCACCUCCGUCUCCGCCGGUGCAAAACUUUAGCCGCCUGCGAAUCAUGGACGAGGCGCAACAGCUAGAGACCAUACAGCGACUCGGUGGCUAUGAGUACGUAGUGGCACCCUUUUGGAAACGCGCCGUGGCCGAGACCAUCGACGUGUUCAUCCUGUUUAUCCUGAAGAUCAUCGUAACAUUUGGGGUUGUCAACCUGUUCGACAUGGAGUUCGAUAAGGACGUGAUGCGACGCGCGCUGGACGAGGACGACCUGUUCGUGAAUUUUUUCGACAUUUCGUUAGACUUUAUAUCGAUGUCCACCGACCUGCUGCUAAUUGAACUGCUGACUAAGCUGACAGUCUGCUGUUACGAGGCAUUGUGGACAUACCUUUACGAUGGGGCCACGCCGGGAAAGUCGCUAAUGAAGAUCCGCAUACAAUACGUUGAGGCGGUCAUGCCGCUCCAGGCGCCCGUCUUGCCACAAUUUGUGCUUCAGCCGCAGAGGGAGCCAAUGAGGGCCUUGCUCUAUCCGGCACAAACGCCAUCGCUAGUACGCUCCUUUGCCCGCGCCCUCGCCAAGAACCUAGUAAUGACCCUGCUGUUCCCCAUCUGCGUCGUAAUGAUAUUCUUCAAAAACAACCGUACAGGCUACGACAUCAUGACGAAGACUAUAGUCGUGGAGACCAAUUCCAAUGCCGCAUUCCGCACCCAAGUGCCACCGCAACGCAACCGCUAAGCAAAGCCAUCGCACCAAAGCGUCUAGGAACUGUGCUCUCUCUCCUAUGCAUAUAAAAAUAGACGUUAUUGUUAAAGCUAAAUUUAAUGUCGUUAAUGUACUGAUGUCCUGUGAAAUAAAAUUAAUUCUCAUACAAAAGA